AUGAUCACAGAAAUGUGCCAGAACGUUGUCCCACCAGACUCCAAGGGAGGUCUGCUCGCUGACCAGAUGGGCCUCGGAAAGUCCUUGACGAUGAUCUCAUUAAUUGCUUUGAACAGCUGCAAGUCGACCGAAAAAGGGAUAUUUACCACACAAGGUUAUCUCCGCCGUUUGAAGUCCACGCUCAUUGUUGUCCCCUAUUCACUUCUCGAAACUUGGAACAAUCAAUUGAAGAGGCAUUUGAAGCCCGACACUUUGACAUGGAUGCGCUUUCACGGUACUCAAAAACGCAAGAUUUGGACUCUUGGCAACUUCGACAUCGUAAUCACAACUUUUGAAACACUGGUUAGACAGCAAAAGCGACAUGAAGAUACCGAAAUUCGUGAAGAGACUCUAUUUUCAUUCUCUUGGCAUAGAAUAGUACUUGACGAAGCACACACGAUACGCAAUCGAGCAACGGCGAUGGCAAAAGCAGCGUGUGCAGUCAACGCAACCAACAGAUGGGCAAUCACUGGUACCCCGAUUCAGAAUCGUGUCACAGACUUCUCUAGUCUUCUUGAGUAUCUUAAGAUCUACCCCUUCUCAUCACCGAAAGUGUUCGACACGGAAAUUGCCAAGCCAUGGCUGAAGUCUGGAGACAAAGACAUCACACGGAUGAAGAAGCUAGUGAACUGCAUUUCCUUGUGCAGAACAAAGGCAAUUAUCGAUCUGCCCAAGCGGGAGGACUUGAUUCACAAUCUGAAAUUCAGCGCCGAGGAACAAGAAUAUUACGACAGAGCGAAAGAAGGAACUAUCAGGAAGCUAGACGCAGCCCUAUCAAGCAACCCGUUGCAGCCUGGGCAGUAUCUCAAUGCAUUACAAUGGCUCAAUGAAUUGCGCCUACUCUGCAAUCACGGACUUGUACAUUCAAAUCGCGAAGUCAACAAGACAGUUAGUAUCACGCCACAAGAUACUCAAGUUUGGAACAAGUCAACCGGAAACAAGGCCUUUGAGACCAUUGUAUGUGCAAACGAAGCAGUUUGCUCCGUUUGUGGCAAUGUUCUUUCCGAUGGCGCAGGCCAAGGGUCGAAUUCGGAAAACCCAAAACCUUAUCUCGCAAAGUGUUUGACGCUCACUUGUGGCUCAUGUAUCAAAGAUUCCCCAAGCGGUCAGCCGGUACCGACAUGCUCGCAUGUACCAUUGUGCAAAAGUGUUGAAGUGUCGUGGACACCAGACAUUGCUAUCAGUUCCGGGAAAGGAAAGAUGCUGCCGGAUAUCCGCGAAGAACACGUCUCAACGAAGCUGAAGACAUUGAUGGCAGAUUUACAAACCUGCCCAAAAGGAGAGAAAAGCGUUGUCUUCUCAUACUGGACUUUCACGCUUGAUCUUAUUGAAUCUCUUCUCAUCAAAGCUGGGAUAUCAUACACUCGCAUCGAUGGACAGCACUCUGGGGAGCGGCGAGAAGAGGCAAUUCAAAAAUUCCAGACAGAUGCCUCAAUCCAAGUCAUACUCGUGUCUAUCACGUGCGGUGGUGCGGGACUUGACCUUACCGCAGCUUCAGUAGCGUAUCUUCUUGAGCCGCAAUGGAAUCCGAUGAUGGAGGAGCAAGCACUUUGCCGCAUUCAUCGACUCGGUCAAGCAAAAGAAGUAAAGACCGUCCGAUACAGAAUUCGGGGAUCUUUUGAAGAACGCGUUGUUCAAGCCCAAGACUUGAAGAAAGAAAUUGCUGCUGAGGCCUUCAAUAUGCAAUCAAGAAGAAAUCCACUCGAUAACCGGAAGAGACUUGAGAUUUUCCUCCGUAUGCGAUAUGAAAGCAUUGAUGAAGGUCCGAGCUCUAUGUCGCGAUCCAACCAGUCGAACGCACUCCGAGGCUGA